UUUCCCAAUUCUCCCCUUAUAUUCCUCAUUCGAUCCCCGACUCCGCCCUCCCCAUUCCCCCUCUUCAAUUCCCAAAAAUGGCGGCAACCGCAAUAGCAGAGCUCGCCAUCACAAAGCCCUUCAGCUCCAUUCCCAAAUUCAGCCGACCGCCAAACUCUAAAUCCGCCUCCUUCACUCCGUUCCUCCACAUCCGAGCCUCCACCGCCACCCCCGCCGCGCCGCCGGCGAGAGGGAAAGGGAAAGGGAAGACGGGGAUAAAAGAAACGCUAUUGACGCCGAGAUUCUACACAACUGAUUUCGACGAAAUGGAGCAGCUAUUCAACAAGGAGAUUAAUAGGAACUUGAACCAGUCGGAGUUCGAAGCUCUGUUAAACGAGUUCAAGACCGAUUAUAAUCAAACUCACUUUGUUCGAAAUCCUGAGUUCAAGGAGGCGGCGGAGAACAUUCAGGGACCUCUCCGGCAGAUCUUCGUGGAGUUUCUUGAGCGAUCCUGUACCGCUGAGUUUUCCGGAUUUCUGCUGUAUAAGGAGCUUGGGAGGAGGCUGAAGAAAACUAAUCCGGUAGUGGCGGAGAUAUUCUCACUUAUGUCCAGGGAUGAAGCCAGGCAUGCUGGGUUUCUGAACAAGGGUUUAUCAGAUUUUAAUCUGGCCUUAGAUUUGGGUUUCUUAACCAAGGCCAGAAAGUACACAUUCUUUAAGCCAAAGUUCAUCUUCUACGCCACUUAUCUCUCAGAAAAGAUUGGAUAUUGGAGAUACAUUACCAUUUAUAGGCAUUUGAAGGAGAAUCCAGAGUAUCAGCUCUACCCUAUCUUCAAGUAUUUUGAGAACUGGUGCCAGGAUGAGAACAGGCAUGGCGACUUCUUCUCGGCAUUGAUGAAAGCCCAACCUCAGUUCCUCAACGAUUGGAAGGCGAAAUUGUGGUCGAGAUUCUUUUGCCUCUCGGUUUAUGUGACAAUGUACCUUAAUGAUUGCCAGAGGACUGCUUUCUAUGAAGGCAUUGGCCUUAACACCAAAGAAUUUGAUAUGCAUGUCAUCAUUGAGACGAACCGAACGACGGCGAGGAUUUUUCCGGCCGUGCUCGAUGUUGAAAACCCAGAGUUCAAGAGAAAGCUGGACAGGAUGGUAGAGAUCAAUCAGAAGCUUAUAGCUGUUGGAGAAAGUGAUGAUAUUCCUAUGGUGAAGAACUUGAAGAGGAUACCUCACAUUGCAGCUUUGGUUUCUGAACUCAUGGCUGCCUAUCUAAUGCCUCCUAUAGAUUCUGGAUCUGUUGAUUUUGCUGAUUUUGAGCCUAGGCUUGUUUAUUAAUUUUUUUUUUAGAAAAGUGUCCUUUUUUGUAAUAAAUUGUGCUUUUAGUGCCUAGUAAGGAGGAAAUUAAUGAAAUGAGUGCACUUUGAUGUGGAGAUGAAUGUUUAUGUAAAUGAGACUUUUUUUGUAAUUAC